CUUCCCCACACUAUGCUACCACUCAGGACAAGUUUAGUGUGGGCAUUUAUUAUUGUAAUCAGCAGCAUCACAGGGAAUCUGCUUAGCAAAUUGAGCCAGCAUGGAAAAGUGUACAGGGAUGCUUUUUACUGACCAAACUCCGGUUUUCCAAACUUAUGUCCAUCGGAACUACAUUAGCUCAGGUUCUCUUUAAAUUCCAGGGCUAGUAAAUGCAGCAUUGGACUUUUUAUUUAGUAUUCGUUCAAUAAUUUUGUUGAUUGCAAAUUGGCAAAAGUUGAUCUAACUCAUCAUAUUUGCCUUUGAUUUAUUUUUUGUAAUUUUUGUGCCUUUGAGCUAUGAUGGUAAUCAUUUGGAAUGUAUUUCUGCAAGCAUUUCUCUUAGUGCUGGCCAAGGCAAGUCAGAGAAGCUACAGGGAUUCAGCAAACUGCAAACUCAACAAGAAACAAAGCCAGCUGAACUCCUUUCUUUGGACAAUAAAACGUGAUCCUCCCUCAUACUUCUUUGGUACUAUUCAUGUCCCUUAUACAAGGGUGUGGGAUUUUAUCCCAGAGAACUCCAAAAAAGCUUUCCAGCGGAGCAACAUUGUAUACUUUGAGUUGGACUUGACAGACCCCUACACAAUAUCUGCUCUGACCAGUUGCCAGAUGCUGCCGCAGGGUGAGAACUUGCAAAGUGUACUUCCUAGAGAUAUUUACCGGAGACUGAAACGCCAUUUGGAAUAUGUUAAACUCAUGAUGCCCUCCUGGAUGACUCCAGAUCAAAGGGGGAAAGGCCUUUAUGCUGACUACUUAUUCAAUGCUAUUGCUGGAAACUGGGAAAGAAAGAGGCCAGUGUGGGUCAUGCUUAUGGUUAAUUCUCUGACUGAGGUUGACAUCAAGUCAAGAGGGGUUCCAGUACUGGACUUGUAUCUGGCUCAGGAAGCUGAGCGUCUUAAGAAGCGGACUGGAGCAGUAGAAAAAGUGGAAGAGCAAUGCCAUCCUUUGAAUGGACUGAACUUCUCUCAGGUAGUAUUUGCUCUAAAUCAGACUCUGCUGCAGCAAGAGAGUCUCCGUGCAGGCAGCCUCCAGGUCCCAUAUACCACAGAAGACCUUAUCAAACAUUACAAUUGUGGGGACCUCAACUCAAUUAUUUUCAACCAUGAUACAUCACAGGUUCCUAAUUUUAUAAAUUCCACAUUACCUCCCCAAGAAAGAACUAUUGCUCAAGAGAUUGAUAACUAUUUUCGCCAAGAACUGAUUUACAAAAGAAAUGAGCGUAUGGGGAAGAGAGUUAAAGACCUGCUUGAACAGUUUCCGGAGAAAAGCUUUUUCUUUGCUUUUGGUGCUGGCCACUUCAUGGGCAACAACACGGUUAUUGAGGUUCUACAAAAAUAUGGUUAUGAUGUGCAACACACUCCAGCUGGUCGAUCAGUUGUCAACAGUGGCAAAAGUAAAAAGACAUCAGCAGUUUCAUCUUCUUCAUUAGCUGUGGGACGGUCGUCAGCUCCGUACACAACCACCUCAAGAACUAAACAGUCUGGGAACUCACAUAAGAAUGAAGAGAUAUUGCCCAACUUAAUGCUCUCUGAAAAUGUAGACUUUAUAGAAAAAGUUGAAAGAAAAUACAGAAAGAAAAAGCCGAAGAGAGGAAAGCAUCGCCAUUUCAGUGAUCUCUGGGUUCGCAUUCAGGAGAGCCCAACUGACUCUUUACCACAGAUUCGCAUUAUUAACGGAUACAUUACAGUGAAUCCACAGCCCAGUGAAUAUGGACAAAGCAAAUACACACAGGAAGCCAAAAGCAAUUCCGUUGCCCUUUUCAUGUCCUCUUAUAUUCUACUAUUGACUUGUUGUUUUCAAAAAUUGAUAACCACGCCCAGAUGAGCCCUCUGAAGAAAGAAGAUUUAUUUUAAAAUUCUAUAAUACAUUCUAAGUGCAAAUAGACUUAAGACAUAUUUUUAAGUCAUAUUCCUUUAACAGGCAUCCUAAUAAUCUGCAUUACUUAUCAUCCAAACUUUAUGUCAACCGCUUUUGUGUCUUAUAGGGAAUAUCUGAAUAUUUCAUUUUUCUCACCUUUAAAAUAUGGAGUUUCUGUAAAUAAACACUUUACAUAGCAUGACUUGUGCAUUAAAGAAGCGUUCUCAUCUCCUUUCAUGCAGGGCUCAAUUGCAAAUGAUACCGAUACAUAGUUUAAAGGGACAUGAAACCCAAGAUUUUCAUGAUUCAGAAAGAGCGUGCAAUUUAAAAAAAAACCAUAUCCAAUUUACUUAAAUUAUCAAAUUUGCUUCGUUCUCGUGUUAUUCUUUGUUGAAGAUAUAUCUAGAUAGGUAGCAUGCACAAGUCUGAAGCACUAGAUUGCAGGAAAAAGUGCUGUCAUAUAGUGCUCUUGCUAAUGUAUUACGUUGUUGUAAAACUGCUGCCAUAUACUGCUGCAGAAACGUGCAUGCUCCUGAAUGUAUCGUAAUGCUUUUCGUCAAAGGAUUACAAGAAAAUAAAGAACAUUUGAUAAUAGAAGUAAACUGGAAAGUUGCUUCAAAUUGCAUGUUCUAUCUGAAUCCUGAAAGAAAAAUUUUGGAUUUGAUGUCCUUUUAAUAUAGUUUAUAUACUUAUGACAAAUAAGUUAAUUUUUUUUAUUUAAACCUUUGUAAAGCCAUAUUUGGCCAAAUGCAAGUUCCCGUGGUUGUUGUAAGCAGCAUUUGUAGCAGUUAAAAAGUGCAUGGCACCAUCUUAGCCCAAUAAACUGAGAUCAUUGGCUAAGAUCUACUCUUAAGCUCCUUUUCACCACAGAGGAGUAGUGAGCCACUUUGGCUAAGAACACCUCUCUUUAUAAAUAUUAUUAUCAUUUAUUUUUAAAGUGUCACCAGCUUCUGUAUUGCUGGGUACAUGAGUACGAGUAACAUAAUGACACUGAUUCAUGGUAAAAAAGAGAAAUACUGAUACAUAAAAAACAGACUAAACACAUAAAUACAAGCGGAAUCCCUACUCACAAUCUACUGGAAUAAAGACCAUAUAAAGAAAUAAUAGUUGUUUGAGAUUUAAGUAUUGUUUAUUUAUUUCUUUUUAACCCCUUCAUUAAAGUAAAUGAAGGUCUUCCCUUGAGAAUAUGAUUAAACUCUAUGUACUUUGGAAAAUUGCCAAUAAUAAGGAUGACUUACGAUUAUUUGAAUUCGCACUUGUAAAAGGUUUGAUUUUUCUACUUUGUGGAAACAUUCCAGAUUUGCUGCUUUUCCUACAAGCAGUGACAUAUCAGACGUUUGCCUCUUGAGGAACAACUCUACAAACUCUGGAAGUAAUCAUCUGACAUAUCACUGGUUAGAAAACAUAGCCCUUAAAGCUUUACCCGUUACUGGACCACUAAUAUUAUUUACUCAUUAAUUAUUAAAUGGAUAAUAUGUCUUUUGUUUGAAAGUCAUUAUUUUUUUUCUUCAUUCGAAGAAUUUUUUCAUGUUAAUCCCAUAAUGCUCUUGGGAAAUGUAAAAUGUUGUAACAUAGAUUUUCUUUAGAAUUAUAAAAAGUGUGACUAAAAUUACAUUUUUCUAAAA